GACGCGUUUUGCGCGUGCGCAAAGGCAGGGCAACGGAAUUGUGGCUCCAUUAGCAUCCCGAGCUAUCGGAUUGCUUUGCGCACCGCGCUAUGAAAGAAGGCGUCUUGACGUAAAGAUAAAGGCUACUUCAAAUAACUCCGCCUAAUCCCUGAGCUAACCAUUAUCCCUCCAUGGUGCCGGAUAAAGAGAGAUAACGUUAACAGCCACGCACUGUCGCCGUAAUUAGCUGCAGACCACGAUACAGAUUGGGCAAAAGCUGCGUUGCGCGUGGAAAGACUCAAUUUUGAGUCAUUAUUACGUUUGUGUUUGAAUACGUAGGGUAGCCUUGACAAAGACUUGUCGGGAUGAGGUUACGGACUCGGAGUCAAUGUGCGAUGGAGCCUGAUGGGAAGAAGAUGGACCAAGCGCCUCCGUUCAGAAACCCUUUUGUACAUGUCUUGAAAUUCACCCGAAUGGAAAAGGCAAAGAUCGCAGUUAUGACAGUCACGCUAUUCCCCAUCCGUCUACUCAUAGCUGCAUUUAUGAUGCUGCUCGCCUGGCCUUUUGCGUUUCUGGCCUCAGCAGGACGCUCUGAGACAGCUGUUGAACCCCAGUGCCUCUGGAGGAGACUGGUCGACAUCAUUUUGAAGAUCAUCAUGCGGGUCAUGUGGUUUGCGGGUGGCUUCCAUUGGAUGACUGUUAAAGGGCAGAGGGCAUUACCUGCCGAAGCGCCCAUUCUCACUCUGGCACCCCACUCUUCCUAUUUUGAUGCCAUCCCAGUCACCAUGACAAUGGCCUCUAUUGUCAUGAAAGCUGAGAGCAAGGAUAUACCCUUGUGGGGAACUUUGAUAAAGUACAUCAGGCCGGUGUUCGUAUCACGAUCAGAUCAGGACUCAAGAAAGAAGACGGUGGAAGAGAUCAAACGCAGAGCCCACUCUGGAGGGGAAUGGCCACAGAUAAUGAUUUUUCCAGAGGGAACUUGCACUAAUAGAUCCUGUCUAAUCACCUUUAAGCCAGGGGCCUUCAUCCCAGCGGUACCAGUGCAACCGGUUGUGAUGAGAUACCCAAAUAAACUGGAUACAAUCACAUGGACAUGGCAAGGCCCAGGAGCGUUUAAGAUCUUGUGGCUGACACUAUGCCAGCUACACAAUGUCUUUGAAAUAGAGUUCCUUCCCAUUUACACUCCCUCUGAGGAAGAGAAAAAGAACCCUGCUCUCUUUGCAAUCAAUGUGAGGCAUGUCAUGGCCAAAGCCCUUGGGGUCCCUAUCACAGAUUAUUCGUUUGAGGACUGCCAGCUCGCCAUGGCAGAAGGCCAGUUGAGACUGCCGGUUGACACCUGCUUAUUGGAGUUUUCCAGACUCGUCAGGAGACUAGGGCUUAAACCCCAAAACCCAGAAAAAGUGCUGCAGGAUUAUGGGAACAGAUCCAGAAAACUGGAAGGAAAGAGGCUGUGCUUGGAUGACUUUGCUCAGUUCUUGGAUGUGCCCGUUUCAGAUAUGUUACAAGAUACGUUUUCCCUUUUUGAUGAGCAUGAAGAUAAUAGCGUGGAUAUCAGAGAAUAUGUGAUAGCCUUGUCUGUUGUAUGCAGACCUUCUGACAGUCUGGAAACACUGAACUUGGCCUUCAAGAUGUUUGAGGCUGAGGAUGGCGCUAUCACCGAGACAGACUUGGCAAUUAUUCUGAAGACUGCUUUGGGAGUGACUCAUCUCAAUGUAACCUGCUUGUUUGCCGCCAUUGACAGUGAAGGCACAGGAAAGAUCACAUUUGAGAAUUUCAGGAGCUUUGCGGAAGAACACGUGGACUUUGCAGAGGAAUACCUGUACCACGAAAAUACAGGCCUUCUCAGUGGUUUCUGCCAACAUCAACAAACAAAGUCGAGACUGUCUUAUCACAGCGUGCAUGACACUGCCAACACCAAAAUAACUAACGGCAUCUGUCCUGAUUUCAGCCCCAAUGAUCACGACAGCACAAACAAUGCAUUCCUUAAGAAACACAAUUGAAAGAGUUGUGAUUGUGGAACAACAAACAUCUCUCCUGGUGAGAGGUUGUUAUGUGCUGCAUGCUUGGUGUAGAUGGUUGCUUUUUUUUUUUUUCUCAAACUGAAAGGGACUAUAUUUCAGUAAUUACAAAUGAGAUGUUCACCUUACCUUUUUGCUAGUAUUUUGUCCAGACGGUUUUCCUAAGUAUCUUUCUCACAUGAUAGCAGUUUUACUUCCUGUAUGUUGAUUUUUUAUUUUUUUAAUUAUUUUAUUUUAUUUAUUAUUUUGGCAGGGGUGUAGCGAGGGUUUUCAGAAGGCCGGCUUUGGCUGUAACAGUUACAAUGCAUACAAACUUAAAGGGCACUUACUGAAGGUUGGGGCAAUUUUUUUCUUUCUCUUUCUCUCUCUCUAUCUCUCUCUCAUUCACACCUGCAUAUUUUUAUUAGGCUUUACAUGUUUAUAGUAAGUGGAAAUCAAGCCUUGACAAUGAAAGAAACACAUUUGGGAAAGUAGUGGGUUUCAGAUGUGUGUGUGUGUGUGUGUAUAUAUUUUUCCCCCUUUUUUAAAUGCUACUACCUUUUGGCUAGAGAGUGUGUACAGAUGGCAUUUUGGGUAGUAUUAAAGAGUAUUUACAUAAAGGUCCACCCGAGGUUACCAGUGACAAUUGUUGCAUUUGAAGCCAUUUUCCUGCUUCAAGCCAAAUUUGAGGUGUACUCGGGUCUUUUGAAUAGGUUACAUUUUUGCUAUGAGCUUGUUAAAAUACAUAUAUUUAUACAAGAUUUUUGAUUUAGCUCAGGGUUCAGUAACACAAAUGACAAAUAUACUUGUAUGAUGUCAUCAUUUUUUACUUUGGUUUUUGCGCACGUCAUUAUUUUAUAUGACAUCAGUACUGUUCUGCCUACUUUCAAUCAUUUGUCUUAUUGUUGAUAUUCCACAAAUUGGACCAAAAAUGUGUUUGGUGAUUAUGUCACCCUUUAUGUCUUUGCUGUCCCUUUCACUCGGUGGUGUAAUGGCUUUAAAACUGGGAAAGGAGUCUGGGUGUGACCGUUGAAAGCACAUUUCGUUUUGUCAGCGGAUUUUAUAACAGACGUGUCAUUCCAAAUUCCUUUUCUGCCUUACAUUGCCAUACUUUUUGGUCACCUGUAUUCGAUUCAACACAUACAUAGCUUCAAUCACUUGGAAAGGAAAAACAAAUGUGCUAAAGGUUCUUAUUUUUGUAUAAAUGUUCAGUACAGUGACAUGCAACCCUAGAAGGCCACAUGCGGAACCAGCCUGAAAGCAUGAUGCAAGUAUUCAAAUUUUGAUCACUGCCCAAACAUGAAAACUAAUUUUGUACUUAUUUUGUCUUUUGAAAAAGAAAAUGGAUAUUGGCACCAUUGUUGAGCAUGUUAAAAUUGGAGGGAUUGCUUUUCCAUUAGCAAAAAAAAAAAAAAAGUUUUCCCUUUUGUAAUUUAACACUUGUCUGAAGACCAUGCUUGCAUGUGUUUCUGUUAUGGCGUUCAGGAAAGCAAUAUUCUACUUUUUUAAGCCUUUGAAGGAGUUCUGUUAGGUAUUUUGAAUAUUCCAAAUGCUGGGCAUUUUGUGAAUCUUUGGUAUACGUAUAUGAUUUUAUUUUUUAUUUUUACUGCCAGAUGAUGUUGAUGGAAAAAUGAGCCAGAUUGUUUUAGUUUGUUUUGGGUUUUUUCCUUCAUGUUAUACGAUGCUGUGUUCUUCACCAGUCUGAAGUCCAGUCAUUUUAUUCCUCUUAAUGCGUGUUGACUGCUCCCAACCUAAAUGCAGAUUUUGUAGGGAAACCGAUAGCCUUGAAUAUAACUUUUAUGCUUGAUAAGAGAAUGUAUUGACAAUCUUGUCACAAUCAAAAGCAACUCUACGCAAACUGAAAUCUUGCUUUUAAAAACAGAAGUACACUUCAUCGUUUUGAUUGAACCCUUUUCUUGAACUUGACGUACGUACAGUAUAUCAAACUAGGCUUCAUGUCAGUGUACAAAUGUGUCAGGCCUUGAGGUGAUGUAAGCGCCACAUGACAGGCCGCAAGACACAAACUCUCCAUAGUGCACGUAUUCAAAUGAAAUGUUGAUACUGCGUCACAACAAUUUUAGUAUUGAUUUCUAUUUGCGUUUUUAUUCCUUUUGUGUGUGGUUUGCAUUUGUGGUUGCACUUUAGUUUUCUUUAUUUUGUAAAAAUUCUCAUACAAUAUAGAGCAUGUUAAGUUGACUUUUUUUUAUUAGCAAUAGUUUCGCCCUUGUAGGCAACAAUAAUUUUAUAAGAAGCUGCACCAUUCCCUAUAUUGUAGACCAAGUUGGAGUAAUUUGAAUUUCUAAAACAUAACGUUUAGACUGACUUUUCUGCUUUGUCUUUGAUUGUUGAACGUUUACAGCAUGAGAAUGACUGACUUUGCAUACUUGGUAACAUCUUACAGAUUUGAAUCAAUAGGAUAUGCUUGCACCACACAGUGGAAAUGUAUUUGAUGUUAACGGGAGUUUAAUGACACAAUUUCCAUGUAAAUGUGAAGGAAAUAUUUUGUACAUCCAGAGAGCAGACAUGACUGUGAAAUUGUACUGAAACCCAAUGGCAAGAACUGAACCUUGCAUCGAAUGUUUUAAAUCACGUUAAGUACCUACCCCAUGUGCUUUUCUUUAUUUCAGGCUUACAAAAACAUACUUUUCGAUGUCAAAAGACUGCUAUUGUUGACUACAUGUUUGUCUUCAGUAUUUACAAAUGUAACAGUUCCCGAAUACAUUUACAUUUUUAUUCCUCUGUAUUUCGUCUUGCUGUCCCUCUGAAAAACUGGUAUUUAUGCUGCUUGCUAAACAGUUUGUCCACCAUUGAGCCGAAGAAGAAAGACGUUGUGUACUCUUGACAGAGCGAUAUUGUUUUUCUGAUGGUUCUCUGCUUGUGGACUUUACUGGUUCUUCUGUAGCUUUACUUCACCUCUUUUUCUAUACUCAAGGUUUGUUUUAGAAGUCUGUAUUGAUGAAGAGUCAUUUUUGCAAGCUACUUUGCAUUAGUCUGUUAAGGACUACGAUGAUGUAACUUGUUGAUCUGACACUUGGAUCUUCAAAAAAAAAAAA